GAAAUUCAAAGGUUGAAGAGCAGUGUAGUUGAUGUAGAGGCAGGCCUCAGUGCUACAGGUGCUCUAGGGUUCCCAGAGGAUCCAAUUGACGAAAUUAACUCCCAGACCCCACCUGUUCGGCUGUCUCAAGAGGAAAUGGAACAAAGUUCACAUGAUUUCAACCAGUUCUAGAGGAUGAUCUAUAAGCACAUUGGCCAGAGGUUGAAGAAGAGGCCAAAGAAGUACAUAUCGCCCUUCAAACUGUCACGGUGUCGCCCGAAUGUUCCAUUGACUAAGGCACUUGCAUUGCGGAACAAGAUUGUUGCUGAUCCAGCGUUGAAAGAGAAAGUUUUUAUUGACUUCAGCAUUUUUUGCUCUUUUGAUGGGAAUGUUCUACUGACCAGUUUUGCUGAUGACAAAGAUGGAGACUCUUCCGUACUUGACUUUACUGUGCAUUGCCUUCGCUACGAUGACAUUGUCCACAAGGAAGACUCGGUGGGAUACAGGGUGUUUUUGACAACCGGGUUCUUUUGUCAGGCAAUGUCCGUUCAGAGCAUCUACAUGGACGAUGGAGUAACCGAGACCGACGAUUUCAAGACAUUGUGGCAGUGCCUAGAAUCAGAAAUUGAGCAUUAUGAGGACAUAUUGAAGGCAAAGCUGGUUAGUUUACUUUUGCAUUUGUUUAACUAUCCACUUGCAACUGCUGUAAGUUUACUUUGCAAUUGGUUAACUAUUACUUGCAACUGCCGUCAGUUUACUUGCAAUUGGCCAACUAUUCACUUGCAACUGCUGCCAGCUUACUUUGCAAUUGGUCAACUAUUUUUUUUACAUUCACAUCAGCCCCCCACAUUGCAAGUGAUUUGUGAGCCACCACUUUUUUGCUGUUGCUUUUUUCACUAUGCUUUUGCAACUGUUCUGUAA